AUGAGCGUUGACUUGCUUACACAUUCACUCUUUCCCAAAACCAUAUGGUAUAAGGAGGAUUGCCCACCAAGAAUUAUAAGCAAACCUACUAUUUUAGUGAUGUGGCAUCUUUCUCACAUGAGUUAUGAAUUAAUGGAGAAAACAUUGAAAGUCUAUAUUUAUAAAGACGGAAAAAAGCCCAUAUUUCACCAACCGAUACUCAAGGGACUAUAUGCUUCAGAAGGAUGGUUUAUGAAACUUAUGGAGGGAAACAAACACUUUGUUGUAAAAAAUCCUAGGAAGGCACACCUAUUCUAUAUGCCUUUUAGCUCAAGAAUGCUAGAGUAUGCUCUGUAUGUGCCAAACUCUCAUAACCGAACCAAGUUAAGGCAAUUUGUUAAAGAUUACACUGAAACAAUUGCAGCCAAAUAUCCUUUCUGGAACAGAACCGGGGGAACAGAUCACUUUGUCGUUGCAUGUCAUGACUGGGCUCCUUAUGAAACCCGACAUCACAUGGAGAACAGCGUCAAGGCCCUUUGCAAUGCGGACAUAACUAUUGGAUUCAAAAUAGGGAGGGAUGUGUCGCUGCCAGAAACGUUCGUUCGCUUUGCAAGAAAUCCUCUUAGAGAUGUUGGAGGGAAACCGCCAUCACAUAGGAACAUUCUUGCGUUCUACGCUGGAAACCGCCAUGGCUAUUUACGUCCAAUUCUCCUAAAACAUUGGAAGGACAAAGACCCAGAUAUGAGAAUUUAUGAUCUAUUACCCACCAGCAUUUCGAGAAAAAUGAGGACACGAAGUUAA